UUUUAUUCAAUAACAAACUUGGAGUUGGCUUUUUGUAACCAAAGUAUCAUCAUCAGUGAGUUUGUCUCUCAUUUCAACUCGAAUGUGUCAACGAUUUCGGUUGCAACUGACAACUUUACCAAUCAAUUGUUUCCAUUUUAAAUUGAUUAAUAAAGUUUCCUUGUGACUCAAGUUUACCAUGGAUUCAGUUGAUUAUAGAUUAAAGUUUUUUCACGAGAAAAAGUUUUGCUUUUCUUGAAGUAAAAUUUGUGGAUAAAAGUGGAUAAAGGAUUAAACAAGCAUUGAAAUGGUCUUUAAAUUUUCACUCAUCAUUGGACUGUUGACUCUACUUCCAAGUAAAUAUGAAUUCAUCUCUUUAUUGGAACCGAGAGUUUAUGACGAAUUUGUUAUCCAAGGUAACAUUGCCGUGUUUCGAUGUCAAAUUCCCGAUCAUCUUAAAGACACUGUUCGAGUCAAAUCAUGGUAUCUCAGUAAUGGAAUCAUACUGAAACCUCCAGAAAAUCGAGAUAAAUUCACAGCUUUACCGUCUGGUGAGCUUCUUGUACGUUCAGUUGACACUGAAGAUUCUUAUCUUAAAGUUCGUUGUGAAGUUAAAAAUGAUAAAACUGGUCGAACUGGUAUAACCUCAACUCCAGGGAAACUCACAGUUAUCGAAGCUAAAAAUCCUUCCAGUCCAAAGAUAUUUUUUCAAUUACCUCAAAUAAGUGCUCGUGAAGGUGACCACAGUGUUUAUCUACCUUGCAUUGCCUCUGGUUAUCCUUUGGUAAAGUAUGAAUGGUUCCAAAGGAUAAGUGAUAGAUCAAGCGAUGAAUAUGUGCCUCUAGUAAACCUCAAUAGACCUUCAUCUCGUUAUUCAACUACCGAUGGACUUUUGAUAAUUACUGAACCCAAAUCAAGUGAUUCCAAUGAGUAUCGAUGCAUCUCAUCCAACAACUUGGGUAGAGUCAAGUGUGAGAUUCGGUUAACAGUGUACUCACCUUUACGUCUAACCCUGACUACCAGCCCGACUCUUGUUCCAGUAAGCCAGUCAAGUACAAAAGUUAGUGCAGUGGUUGGGUCACCUUCAGUCACUCGUCUACCCAUAAGCCUGGGUUCAAGUUUAUCUUUAAAUUGUACAGUCAAAGGAUUUCCAGUAAAGAACGUUAAAUGGACAAAAGAGGGUAAAACUUUACUCGAAUCAAGUUUACCUUUGGCAACACUGAAACCAAUGAAAAGUUCAUCAUCAUUACCAGCUCAACCCGAUUAUCGUCAUUAUCAACAGCCAAACAGUCAUCACUCACUUGUUCUUGAUUUACUUUCCUUGGAACGUAAACAUGAAGGUUUCUACAUUUGCUUAGCUUCUAAUGAUUUAGGAUCAACUCAACAAACUAUUCAACUUUUCUUUGAUGAUGAAGAACCAAUUUUUACUGAAACUUUUACUGAUCAACUGUUGUCACCAGGAGCUUCCCUUUCCCUCAUUUGCUCGGCUCGUGGUCGACCCUUGCCUCAAGUGACUUGGACCCUCGACCAUGAGCCCAUCAAGAGCUCCCAUCGAACCAGGUAUGCUGACUAUGUAAGUCAACGGGACAAGGUUACCAGCUAUGUCAACGUGUCUUCCAUUCGAACCGAAGAUUCCGGUUUGUAUCAAUGUAUUGCUUCCAACACGGCUGGUAAAGUGACCCAUUCAAGGCGAAUCAACGUCUAUGGAGAACCUGGAAUUAAGCCACUGGAAAACCGAACCGCACUGGAAGGUGACAAUGUUUGGUUCUAUUGUCCAGUCUAUGGCUAUCCUUAUGGUGAGGUUAGCUGGUUGAAAGGUAUGAAAGUCUCAUGUUUAUCAUGGCAAUAAGUGAAAAGUAAAAGCAUAAAUGAAUUCAAAGAUUCGUGACUUAUCUCCAGAUAU